AUAUCUGUGUUUACCAACCACCGAGCUAGAUUCCCACUAAUUCUCGUCCUUGUACAUAAUACAGGGUGCUAAAACUUGAAGGUCGUUGGGUUGCAUAGAGGGGCGGGGCUCCAAGCACAUGCCCCCUCUGGACAGUUAACAUCUGAAAUCAAAAGUCUGAAGAGGACAGAAAGAUUUCACAACAUGAGGGAACUGGACAAAAACAUGAAGGACUGCACGACCUGUGCCCGGUCCUCCUCCGAUGACCUCGUCUUCUUCGUAAAUGGGAAAAAGAUUGUGGAGACAAAUGCAGAUCCUGAAAUGACCUUGCUCACAUAUCUGAGGAGGAAGCUGGGCUUACCGGGGACCAAGCUGGGUUGUGCUGAAGGUGGCUGCGGAGCGUGCACGGUGAUGCUGUCGAAAUACCAAGCUCACACGCAAAACCUGACUCAUUAUGCCGUGAACGCCUGCCUUGCCCCCAUCUGCUCCUUGCAUUUGGUUGCUGUGACCACCGUGGAAGGGAUUGGCAGUGUUGCAAGGCAGCUGCAUCCCGUACAGGAACGGAUCGCAAAGGCUCACGGCUCGCAGUGCGGUUUCUGCACUCCGGGUAUCGUCAUGUCCAUGUACGCAUUGCUAAGAAACAACCCCACCCCCAAAAUGGCUGAUGUGGAGGAGGCUUUCCAAGGAAACCUUUGUCGCUGCACUGGAUAUCGGCCCAUCCUGGAAGCCUACAAGACCUUUACUGUGGAAGGCGGAUGCUGUGGGGGGAAAGGACGGGACAACGGCUGCUGUAUGAGAAAUAGCAAAGCCGAGGAGAAUGAGGCGGAUGUGGACAUGGCGUCAAAGCUGUUCAACACUGCUGACUUUGCGCCACUUGACCCCACGCAGGAGGUCAUCUUCCCUCCAGAGCUGAUGACCCUGAGCAAAAGUGAGAAGACUUGCUCGCUGCAGUUUCGCAAUGACAGGGCAGUGUGGCUGCAGCCUGCCACCUUGGACGAGUUCCUCAAUUUGAAAUGGAAACAUCCCGAUGCCCGAGUGGUGGUGGGAAAUACAGAAGUGGGUAUAGAAGUAAAGUUCAAGAACAUGUUAUAUCCAGUCAUUCUGGCUCCAGCCUUCAUCCCGGAACUCCACAAAGUGAUAUACACUGAUGAGGGUAUCGUGUUUGGCGCAGCGUGCACUCUCACCCAAUUGGGUGAGGGACUGAAGCAGGCCGUGAAGGAGCUCCCUUCACACCAAACCCAGGUCUUCCUUGCUGUCCUGGAGCAGUUGCGCUGGUUUGCGGGACAGCAGAUACGCAACGUUGCGGCUGUUGGUGGGAACAUCAUGACUGCUAGUCCCAUAUCAGACCUUAAUCCUGUUUUUAUGGCAGCCAACUGUAAACUCACAGUGAUGGACAAAGAUGGCAGUCGUGUGGUUCAGAUGGACGACGGUUUCUUUGUGGGUUACAGGAGGACUGUGCUGCGCCCACAAGAAAUCCUGCUAUCCAUUGAGAUUCCCUAUAGCAGAAAGAAUCAAUUCUUCUCAGCCUUCAAGCAGUCACCUCGCCGAGAGGAUGACAUCAGCAUUGUCACCACCGCCAUGAGUGUCACUUUCACACCCGGGACGUGCGUUGUGGAGGAUGUGAGGCUAAGCUACGGUGGCAUGGCGGCCACCACGGUGCUUGCAAAAAAUACAGCAAACAAACUGUUGGGAAGAUGCUGGGGGGAGGCGUUGCUGGAAGAAGCUUGCUCCUCAUUGGCAGAGGAGUUGACCCUGGAUCCAUCUGCGCCAGGCGGCAUGGUGACAUACCGACGAACUCUUAGCCUCAGUUUAUUCUACAAGUUCUACUUGACAGUGCUGCAGAAGCUGCGAGAGCAGGGUUUAAACGUGGAAGAGGUCCGAUCUGAUCUCCUGAGCGCAACAGAGAUUUACCAUCAAGAGACGCCAUCCAGCGUUCAGAUCUACCAGGAGGUGCCACAGGCCCAGAACCAAGAUGACGUGCUGGGCCAUCCCCUGAUGCACCUCUCAGCUCUGAAGCAGGCGACGGGUGAGGCGGUUUACUGCGACGACAUCCCGCUGUUUGAGAACGAGGUGUACUUGGCCCUCGUGACCAGCAGCAAGGCGCAUGCUCGCAUCCUUUCCAUUGACUCGUCGGCAGCAGAGUGUUCGCCCGGCUUCAUUUGCUGCGUCUUUGCCCGUGACAUUCCGGGCAGCAACAAGAGCGGGCUAUGGCAUGAUGAGAGCGUCCUUACUGAUGACCUGGUCACAUGUGUGGGCCACAUCAUUGGUGCCGUUGUGGCUGACACUCAGGUUCAUGCUCAGCAAGCCGCCAAAGCCGUCAAGAUCCAGUAUGAGGAAUUGCAGCCGAUUAUCACCAUACAGGAAGCCAUUGCCGCCCAGUCCUUCUACAAGACAAUUAGAACACUCCAGAAGGGAGACCUGGAGGCAGGAUUCAAACAGGCGGACCACAUUCUGGAAGGUGAGAUGCACAUCGGUGGCCAAGAACAUUUCUACCUGGAGACCAACGUGACUGUGGCUGUCCCUCGAGGGGAAGACGACGAAAUGGAGCUCUUUUCCUCCACUCAGAAUCCCUCUGAAACGCAGUCUCUGGUGGCCUUGGCAUUGGGCAUCCCCUCCAACAGGGUGGUAGUGCGAGUAAAAAGGAUGGGCGGAGGCUUCGGCGGCAAAGAGAGCCGGACCACCUUAUUAUCCACUGUGGUUUCCGUGGCAGCGCACAAGCUGCGACGACCUGUCAGGUGCAUGUUGGACAGAGAUGAAGACAUGUUGAUCACUGGAGGAAGACACCCAUUCUACGGAAAAUAUAAGGUGGGCUUCCUGAAGAGCGGGAAGUUGCUCGCCCUGGAUGUGUCAAUGUACAGUAAUGCGGGAAACUCCCUUGACCUCUCUCAGGCAAUCAUGGAGCGUGCUCUGUUCCACAUGGAGAACGCAUACAGCAUUCCAAACGUGCGUGGUCGCGGCUUUUUGUGCCGCACCAAUCUGCCAUCUAAUACAGCCUUCAGAGGCUUUGGAGGUCCGCAAGGCAUGAUGAUUACGGAGACCUGGAUGAACGACGUGGCUCAGAGCCUGGGCCGGCCGGCGGACGAGGUUCGACAAAUGAACCUGUAUAAAGAAGGUGACGUGACACCGUACAACCAGGUCCUGGACCAGUCUACUUUGGAUCGCUGCUGGGAUGAGUGCAUAUUCCGAUCACGGUACCAGCAGCAGCGAGCUGCCGUCGAGCUGUACAAUAAAGAAAACCGAUGGACCAAACGAGGCCUUGCGAUCAUACCGACGAAAUUCGGCAUCAGCUUCACGGCUGUCUUUCUUAACCAGGCUGGAGCGCUUGUACACAUAUACACAGAUGGGUCGGUGCUGCUGACUCACGGUGGGACAGAAAUGGGACAGGGACUCCACACCAAGAUGAUCCAGGUUGCCAGCCGGGUUCUUGGUGUUCCCUGCUCAAAGAUCCACAUAUCGGAGACUAGUACCCAAACUGUCCCUAACACAAGUCCGACGGCUGCGUCUGCCUCUUCGGACCUCAACGGAGCUGCUGUGAGAAACGCCUGCCAGCUUCUCAUUGAGCGCCUGGAACCCUACAAGAGCAAAAAUCCCAAAGGAUCGUGGGAAGAAUGGGUCAAAGCAGCGUACUUUGACAGAGUCAACCUGAGUGCCAACGGCUUUUACAAGACUCCAAAUAUAGGAUACAGCUUUGAAACCAACUCUGGCCGAGCGUUCAACUAUUUCAGCUAUGGAGUCGCCUGUUCUGAAGUGGAGGUGGACUGUUUGACUGGAGCUCACAAGGUCACAAUGCUUUCUCUUUUCUUUUUUCUUUUUUUACUGUACCUUUAUUACUACAGACUGUGUCUAUCUAUGCAGAAGACUUGUUGACUAGUACAGUCGAGCAAGGAUAUUAGAAACAGAUCAUUACAACUUGUGUAUUAAAACUUAAAAAUAGCUUUGCCAUUCCACUAGCAUAAUGCUAACGCGAACUACGAUCUAUGUUGUGGUGCUAUAAUCACCCUAAACAAAGACUUGAACAAAAACGGUAAAGCAAAACAUGUAGAUAGAAAUAACAGUAGUCCGACACAUUCUUUCGCAUCUGCAAAGCAUGACCACAUUAAUUAAUGACCAUACUGGUCAACCAGGGAGAUUUGAGAUGUCUCAGUGAACAAUACAGUGCAUGCUCACGGAUCGCCACCCGCGGAUACACUCAGUCACAGAAUUGUUUUCAAUGUUUUUUUCAAUAUUUUUUUUUGGUGUGGCUAGGCUCCAGACUAAUUAUUUUAUUAGGAACGAAGUGGCUCCGAGCUUCACAUUUUAGGGGCCUAAGUAGGAGAUUUAGCAGCUCACACUAUAAAUUUACUUGCAAAGUAAAUAUUUGUCCCACUCAUUUUCACUAUAUUACUGAUGAAUGUGCUGACAUGUGGAGCAGAAGUUUGUCAGCAACAAGAACAUUCAAAAAUAGUAAUCAUUUUACACGUAAUAUUUCCAAUGUCUGCCAAUUACAUCAAUUUUCAAUAGGUCAGC